AAAGGCUCAUGUUCUUGUUGUUAUUUCUUUCUUUCUUUCUCUCUCUCGUCUUUUUUUGAGGACACAUGCUUCAAUUUUAACCCCUUUUUUUCAGGUAUUGAGGCAUUUGGUUCCAAUUUGAUGCUAUAGUUUGUUGGUUUCAUCUCAAUUGUUGGUAAAUGGGAUCGGAAGGGCCUCCUGCAGUAACAAUCCAUGUGACAGGUUUUAAGAAAUUCCAUGGAGUUUCAGAGAAUCCGACAGAGACAAUUGUCAGUAAUUUGCAAGAGUAUAUGAAGAAAAACGGUUUGCCAAAAGGCCUGAUUCUUGGGAGCUGCAACAUUCUUGAGACUGCGGGGCAGGGCGCGCUUGUCCCCCUAUACCAGACAUUGCAAUCCGCUAUAAGUGGUCAGGAUUCAGAAUCUUCAAAUUCCAAGAGAAUUAUUUGGGUGCAUUUUGGAGUUAACAGUGGUGCAACAAGGUUUGCUAUUGAGCAUCAAGCUGUCAAUGAAGCUACUUUUCGUUGUCCCGAUGAGAUGGGAUGGAAGCCUCAGAAAGUCCCCAUUAUUCCUGCAGAUGGUGGAAUUUCACGAACACGAGAGACUUCUCUUCCUGUUGAGGAGAUCACCAAGGCCUUGAAAAAGAUGGGUUACGAGGUGAUGCCAUCUGAUGAUGCAGGCCGAUUUGUAUGCAAUUAUGUAUACUAUCAUUCCCUUCGGUUUGCAGAGCAGAAUGGUAUUCAAUCGCUCUUUGUACAUGUGCCCCUCUUCUUGACUAUAGAUGAGGAAACCCAAAUGCAGUUUGCAGCUUCCUUGUUGGAGUGCCUGCUUACAUUUGGGUGAUACUGAUGACGUCUCUUCAUCUUCCCCAGACUAUUUGAUGUCGAUGGCAUGCAGUUGAAUUUAUUUUCCCUUUGUAACACAACUGGUAUCUGUGAAAGUAAUGAUAGCUUCAAACACAAACCCCUGUUUCAACUAUUUUUCACAUAGCCCCUUCAAUAGAUGGGAUACCUUGGGUUUUUCCAGACUGUUACUAUUAGUAUCAUAGAAAGAUGUGGUCCAUGUCUUCUGGAGUGAGGCUGGUAAUUCAUGUGGGUGGCUCCUUGAUUGCAUUGUAUUGUUUACACUGAACUCAUGUGAAAAUGUCCUUCCUAGUUAGGAAGUCCAAAUCAAUAACUAUAUGAGUGGGCACUAGUAGGCAGACUUUAUCA